CUUUAUCAAAAUUGGAGCAAUGGUGCAGGAGGUUUUAAUCCUCCCACUCCUACACUCCAGCACCAGCAGCAACAAUCACAGCAACAGCAGCACCAACAGCACCAGCAACAGCAGUCGCAACAACAAUCCCAACAACAGCAACAACAUAUGCUAAUGCGAUCACCACGCCACCAUCAUCCGCAUCAUUUAUCGCCCGCAAAUCGCAUGUUAUCACGAAUCUUUUAAAGAUCCACGACAGCCACUGUGCUAUUAUCAUAAUGCAUAUCUUUAAGGAAUUUCGUCGUGUAACGCGUCUUAUAAAAUCAGCAAUAAAAAUAUACAUAAUAAUUGGUUCAAGCGGACCAAGCUGCCUGACUUUCUAAAGAGCAUUCUUCUGCAAUUGUGGACAACAGACUUUUCCAAUACCAAAGCAAUACCUAACCACACACGGAUAUGUAUCUAUAAUAAUGAAUUAUUCCUUAUUAUAUACUACAACACACACAAAAAUUAUACGACAUUUAAUUUCUUUAAGAUCCGAUACACGCUCAGCGUUCGUCAUUUGCGCUACGAUGAGAACAGUUUAGAAAAAAUUUAUCAAAACCAGUGAAAUAACAGUCUUAAGUACUAUAAUAUAAUAAUUUCCUAUUGCAAUGUUAUUUUUAUUUUAAAUAUCACAUAAAUAUGAUUGAUCGUCUUAAUGAGAUUUUCAUCGACAUUUUCGACGAUAACAAUCUAUCUAUAUUCGCGCUUAUCUGGAAUGAAAGCGUAAGCGAAAGCGAAAGCGAACAGGUUCGCAUUUCUAUGCAUCUCUCUUAUUAUUAUUAUUAUUAUUAUUAUUAUUAUUAUUUAUAACUUGAAUGCUUUUUCUAAUUCAUAUCAAUCAAUCAAUCAAUUACUUGAUGCAA